AUGGUGUUUUUGCAGUGUUGCAAUGGUUGUUGGUCUGAUAGAAGAGAAGAUGCAAUAAUGCUUAGCACUGAGAUAGUGGAACUUCAGAUUGGUCUUAAGAACUAUGACCCUCAAAAGGACAAGCGUUUAAGUGGUUCAGUGAAGAUUGGUCUCAUGUAUGCCUUAUGUGUAUUGUUUGAGGAUAAGGAAGUUUGGGAGGAUAAGGAGAAGACACUAGAGGAGUAUGAAAAGGCCAAGGGUGUUGAGAAGGUUUCUUUGAAGAAUUCUGAAUUGCCCAAGGUAUCUGGUUGCAAGAGAAUAUAUGUCAUCAGUCAAGGUGCAGACCCUGUUGUUGCAAGCGAUGGGUGUGGCGUUAUUAAUGAGUCCGAUGCUAAUUUAAAGACCGAGCUGAAGUCAGAUGUUGAGGAGGAGUGGAUGAAACUUUGUCCAUUAGAGCUAGUUAAGGUAUGA